AUGUCUGCCAAAAUUGAAACUGAGUUUGGGCGUGCCAUUCCUCCGGCUCCUCGGCAUGCAAUCACCUUUCAUCUUCCUCUGUGGAGCAAUCUGCUCCGUUUCGUAGCUCGAGAUCAAGAGCUCUUGGGGCAGUUGAAAAGUGUAUAUCCACGGAUGAUGAUGAAUAAAGACGUGAAGAAUCUCGCCGCAGCAAUCUUGAAGCACAUGGAAGCUGCAGAAAAUCAAAUCCUCUUCAUUUUCGCUUCUUCAAGUUCUGCUGCAGAAUGCGUAGAGUUUGCAAUCAAUCCUAAACGCGGCGAGAACGUCGUACCGCCAGAAGAGAUUUCGAUCCGGGUCUUUGACAUUCACGUGCGACUACACACAGUCUUAUUUCCUGCCGCCAGAUAUCCAACACUCAAUAGUUUCUGGCAGAAUGCUGGAACUGGUAUUUCAAGCCGAUUAGCGGAAGAAUGCCUCGAUAGGAUCAACUUGCUUCAUCAGGUCAUCGGUGAUUCUACGCCACCACCAAAAGUGGAACAGUCCCCAGCCCACGGUCAGAUUCAAGAACGUAUUGCCGGUCUUCUCGAACGUGCUCCUGUUGGCCCAUCACGGGAGGCAAAGGUCUCCCCAGAAGAUGUCUAUCUGUUCAAGACCGGGAUGGCAGCCAUCUAUGGCCUCCACCGAUAUCUGUUGAAGAAGCAAAACGGCGGCAGUGUAUUGUUUGGAUAUGCGUUCCAUUCGACACUUCACGUCUUCGAUGAUUUUGGUCCGAAUUUCAGGCUCUUUGCGCUUGGCAAUGAGCAACUCAAUGAACUUGAAAAUUAUCUGACAUCUGAGAUCGAAGAGGGCAGGAAGGUCCAAGCCAUAUGGACCGAGUUUCCAGCAAAUCCCUUACUCGUCACGCCGAAUCUGGGUCGGUUGCGGAAGCUGGCGAACAAGUACGGAUCAUUGCUAAUCGUUGACGAUACCAUUGGAAGCUUUUGCAACGUAGACGUUCUUGGGGUUGCUGAUGUCGUUAUAACAUCCUUGACAAAAUCGUUCAGCGGCUAUGCCGAUGUCAUGGCCGCGAGUGCAGUCCUGAAUCCUUCCGGAUCAAGAUAUACUGAACUUAAAUCCAUGUACCAAGAAUUUUACCGCAAUGACCUGGCCAACCCCGACGCCGUAGCCCUUGAACACAACAGUAGAGACUAUCUAGCCCGUUCCAAGAUCCUCAACAGCAACACCCUCCGCCUUGUAGAAUACCUCCAAACGAAAGCAGCCGACCCAACGAGCACCGUUUCCAAAGUAUACUACACCACAACCUCUCCGUCUCUCCCAUACUACAAGGAGCGAAUGCGCCCCGCAACAGCAGAUUUCACUCCAGGCUAUGGUUGUCUAUUCAGUUUCGAAUUCGAUACUUUGGAUGCAAUGGCAGCCUUCUAUGAUAACGCAAACGUACAUUUUAGCCCGCAUCUCGGGGCCCAUUGGACGCUAGCUUUGUCGUACGUGAAGGGUAUCUAUGGUCAGGAUUUGGCGGCCGUGAAGCCGUAUGGUUUGAAGGAGACGCAAAUGCGGAUCGCUCCUGGGUUGGAGGAUAUUGAGUUGUUAAUAAAAGACUUUGAGAAAGGGCUGGUGGCUGCGGAUGCUACGAGAGUGAAGGAGACUUGA